UGCUUGCGGCCGCCUCCCCGCCCUGCCAGCCGGCCGGGGGCUCCACGCGGGGCUGCAGAGGACAGCGCAGCCCUCUGCGCCGGCCCCACCCUGCCUGUGCUCGCUCCCUCCCGGAGCCUAGGGCCGAUGGCGGAAGCCGGCAGGAGCCCUGCGAUGUCCCCGGACCAGCCAGCCAGCCAGGAGGCGGUGGCAGCGGCAGCGGCAGCGGCAGCCGCAGCGGCAGCGGCGGAUCUGGACCCCGAGCCCGAGGCUCCCAGCCCGCCAGCGCCUGCCCUGCGCUGGCUGCCCGGGGACCCAAGUCCCCGCGGCCGCUCCCAGAGCGACCUGUCGUCCGCCUCGAGCAGGGGCCGCCCGCUCCGGGUCCACAUCUCCGGCUCAGUGGAUGGACUAGACAAAGCCUCCAUAGCAAACUCAGAUGGCCCCCCAGCGGGUUCCCAGACGCCUCCCUUCAAGAGAAAGGGGAAACUCUCCACCAUUGGUAAGAUCUUCAAGCCUUGGAAAUGGAGGAAAAAGAAGACCAGCGACAAAUUCAGAGAAACCUCAGCAGUAUUAGAGAGGAAGAUAUCCACCAGACAAAGUAGAGAGGAGCUGAUAAGAAGGGGCCUGCUUAAAGAAUUGCCUGACCAAGAUGGAGAUGUAACAGUUAACUUUGAAAAUUCAAACGGGCACAUGAUACACAUCGGAGAGGAAUCUACCCAAGAGGAGAAUGUAGGGAAACCCGAAGAAGGGAAUGGCUCUAUGUGUGAGGAAACACCACCUCGGGAGGAAAAGGCAGAAGAUAAGAAAGAGAACACUGAAAUCCAAUCCGAAACACCGGCUGCUCCUGCUCUACCUCCUACAGCUCCUCCUAAGCCCAAACCCAAACCUAAACCCAAAAAAUCUCCUGUGCCCCACAAAGGGGCCACUGCUGGGGCCAGCCACAAAGGCAAUGAAGUGCCUCCUAAUAGAAAAGAUGUCAAGGCUCCCAGUAAGCAGGGCCCUACCCUUCCACCUAAGCCAACAAGCCGAAACACAACCCGGGAGGCUGCUGGUUCUUCUCAUCCGAAGAAAACAGCUGGCUCCAAAGCAUCAACCUCAGCAUCUGCCUCCUCCACCUCCUCUCGCCCCAAAGUGUCCAAGGAGUCAGUUGCUAGCAAAACGGGUGUAGUGGGGACCACAAGGGGCAAGAAGAAAAUUGGCAAGCAGCCGGCAGCAUCCCGACUGUCCUCAGACACCACCACUGCUGACACAUCUAGUCUUAAAGGAGAGUCCUCAGAUGCCGGGAUAGAGAGUCUCAAACAAGAAGAGACUGUUGCUGGAGCCGAGGAGCAGGCCACGGGCAAAUCCAAGGCCACUGUCUCUCCACCUCCAGUGGCACUUUCCCCACCCAACCUUCCUCUGCCCCUUAAGGAUCAGUGCAUUGUUGCCUUGGACACGCCCAUGGUCCUGGUCAGUGAUGGACCUACCCUGCCUGGCUCUGCCUUAGACCCAAGUCAGCUCCUUUGGACUGAAGAGCAGGCAAACAGAGCCACUCCGUUUUCAAGCGUUGGCUUAAGUGGAGAACAUGCACAAUGUUUUACAACCAAAGAUGAGCUGGGAAAAGCUGGACCUCUUGGGCAGAUGGGAGACUCUUCAGAAUCCUUCAGUGCCCCAGAGGAUGAGGCCCCAAGAGAAUACCAAGCCAAUGACUCUGACUCAGAUGGACCCAUCUUGUACACUGAUGAUGAGGAGGAAGAGGAUGAGGAUGAUGAUGAUGAUGAUGAUGAUGAUGAUGACGGCAGUGGAGAAAGUGCUUUGGCAACUAAGAUCCGUCGAAGGGGUACUCUGGCCAUCAAACUUGGCAACAGACCGUCUAAAAAAGAACUUGAGGAUAAAAACAUCCUGCAGCGAACAUCUGAAGUAGAAAGGCAGGAAAUAAGACAGCAGAUCGGGACCAAGCUCGUCAGAAGACUCAGCCAGAGGCCAACAACUGAAGAAUUAGAGCAAAGAAACAUCUUAAAACAAAAGAACGAAGAAGAGGAGCAGGAAGCAAAGAUGGAACUCAAACGGAGACUCAGCCGGAAGCUCAGCCUAAGACCUACUGUGGCAGAGCUACAAGCCCGAAGGAUCCUGCGAUUUAAUGAGUAUGUAGAAGUCACUGAUUCUCCCGACUAUGACCGCCGAGCUGACAAGCCCUGGGCCAGGUUGACACCUGCAGACAAGGCAAGUCUCUCAGUGACCUUUUGUGCUUCCAAAACCUGCUUCCAAAACCUUAAGUGGUCAUGUGGCGUAAUAGCAAUACAGUUCUUUCAACUAGACUUCAGAGAAAGCUCGCCCUUAGUUGCUGUAUAA